GUCUCGCUGAGCCAAUUAAAUUCAUUCGUCAUUUAUUCGAAGAACGCAGAGCUACUUGGAGGAUAUUUAAGUUAGGUACUACUUACUAAUUAUCAGAGCCGACAAGGUUUCUGAGGUAUUUUUACCUUACACUGCUCGUACCUUGUUUUCGCCACGGCUUGGCAGCCGAACGGUGGUGGAGUGGUAGUAGUAACAGGUCACUACACACUCUCGGCGAAAACGGAAACGAAUGAAACGGAAACGAGCAGCUGCCGAACCCCAAAAUUUAUUCGCUUUGAAGUUCGUCUUAACCAGACACGGAUCCGAAAUAUCAGUGGGUGGCUCGUAGUUGGAAGGUAUCCGAUGUUGAAUGGUUCAACCUCGGUCCUUACGAUGCAUCCGACUCCCGAGUUUGUGAUGAAUAAAAGCCCUCGCUAAAGGGUCAGUUCGACCAUAGUACCCCUCUCAAUUCCAACCAUGCAGUUCGCACUCAUUUUUACCACACUGGUUACAUUCGUGACCCUUGCUGCGUCACAUCCAACACCCAAAUUGGUUGAAGAAUAUACUGCUCUGGCUGAGCGCCAGGAGGUUUCCUCCAACUCCAUUACUAGUCAUCUCGCCGUGAGGUUGGGGAUGCCUGACACCCCUGACAAGCCCGACACUCCUGACAAGCCCGACGGGCCUGACGGGCCUGAAGGGCCUGAUACGCCUGACUCAGUCGACCGAUAGAGAGGUAGAGAGGUAUUGGUUGUUUCUUCUUUCAUUGCUAUGAAGUCUUAUUGCUGUUCAGCUUUCGAAUUAGGGAGGGGUCGCAAGAAGAUGUAUUGAAAUUGUAGAGCUACGGCAUCAGCUCGCAGGUUGGCGUGUUAGAAUUCUGAGAUCCUUACAUGCACGAGAAAGCAGAUGACCG